CUCUCCUUUCACUUGUCAGUGAGCUAUCUGCACUGGGGCUGCGCGGGGGGUGGGAAGCGAUCCUCACUUCAGGCGACCGGAUCUCAACACACCGGACAGGAUUAGAUGCUACGGACUUGCCGGCGCAGCGGUGCGACUACAGGUUUAAAACCUCGUGCAUCAGGGAAACAAGUGACCUCCGACUGAACUGCUUUUCUCUUCGACAGAAUCCUCAAGUGAGCGGCUUCUAAAGCAGACAGCGUCCGUCCGGCUCCUCUUGUUCUAAAGGCAGCUAAGCUUAAUUGGAGACCUGAGGUCGAGGCAGCGGAGCGCAAAAGUGGCUGUGUGAAACCCGGGACGGAGGUGGAAGUGACCAGCGUCAUGGCAGAGCUGCGACUUUCCACCCCUCUUCCACUUCUCCUCCUUCUCCUCAUCCUUGGAGGAGUUCUCCCAGCGGCACAGGGUUCCAGUUAUCUGUCGGGCUAUCGCACGAGGUCUCGCCUCCAGCGGGACCGGCAAAUUCGCAACAUUCGACCAAACAUCAUUCUCAUCCUCACAGAUGAUCAGGAUAUCGAGCUGGGCUCAAUGCAGGCCAUGAAUAAAACUCGGCAGAUCAUGGACAAGGGCGGAACCCAUUUCACCAACGCUUUCUCCACCACGCCCAUGUGCUGCCCGUCGCGCUCCUCCAUCCUGACCGGCAAGUACGUCCACAACCACCACACCUACACCAACAACGAGAACUGCUCCUCGCCCUCGUGGCAGGCCCACCACGAACCGCACACCUUCGCCGUGCACCUCAACAACUCGGGCUACAGGACGGCUUUUUUCGGAAAGUAUCUCAACGAAUAUAACGGCUCCUACGUGCCCCCUGGCUGGAGGGAGUGGGUAGCGCUGGUGAAGAACUCGCGCUUCUACAACUACACGCUCUGCCGAAAUGGAGUUCGAGAGAAACACAGCAGCGACUAUUCAAAGGAUUACCUAACGGACGUCAUCACCAACGACAGCGUCAACUACUUCCGAAUGUCCAAGCGGAUGUAUCCCAACCGUCCGGUCAUGAUGGUUCUGAGCCACGUUGCCCCUCACGGCCCAGAAGACUCGGCCCCGCAGUACAGCUCCGCCUUCCCCAACGCUUCGCAGCACAUAACGCCAAGCUACAACUACGCUCCGAACCAGGACAAACACUGGAUCCUCCGCUACACGGGGCCGAUGAGGCCCGUGCACAUGCAGUUCACCAACAUGCUGCAGCGCAGGAGGAUGCAGACCUUGCUGUCUGUGGAUGACAGCAUGGAGAAGCUGUAUAAUGUUUUGGUGGAGACAGGCGAAUUGGACAACACCUACAUCGUCUACACGUCGGAUCACGGCUACCAUAUUGGCCAGUUUGGGCUCGUGAAGGGCAAAUCCAUGCCUUAUGAGUUUGACAUUCGCGUUCCUUUCUAUGUACGAGGGCCCAAUGUGGAGCAAGGUGCCAUUAACCCCCAUAUGGUCCUGAACAUUGACUUAGCACCAACUCUGCUGGACAUGGCCGGUGUUGAUAUCCCUGCAGACAUGGAUGGAAAGUCCAUCCUCAAGCUGCUCGACACCGACAAACCAGUGAACAGGUUCAAUUUGAACAGGAAAGGGAAAAUGUGGAGAGACUCCUUCCUUGUAGAGCGAGGAAAGCCUCUGCACAAGAGGGCCGAUGGGAAGGAAAUGGCUCAGGAAGAGAACUUCCUGCCCAAAUACCAGCGAGUGAGGGAGCUGUGCCAGAAGGCAGAGUACCAGACUUCCUGUCAACAGCCGGGACAGAAGUGGCAGUGCGUGGAGGACCCUUCUGGCAAGCUGAGGCUUCAUAAGUGCAAAGGCAUGGCCAGUCUCUAUGCCCCCCGAAUGCAGGCCCUGAUGGCCAGCGGUGGUCCCCAGCUGUCGCUUUCGUCCACUGCAGACGGCUGCGACUGCGGCAACAUAGGCUUUAAAACAGCCGUCUUGAAGCGAAAGAAAAUGCUCACUAAGAAAAAGAUAAAAUCCAUCAAGUCUGCCUCUAGGCAGCGUUGGGCUCGCUCAGUGUCCUUUGAGCUGGAUGGAGAUAUGUAUGCUGUGGAUCUUGAAGAGUCCCACCGUCCCGCAGUGUCCCACAACACCACUUGGACUUCGGACAGAAGCAGAGGAGCGUGGCACGAGGAGGAUGAUGACGAGUUCAGCGGCAUGGGCGUCACAGUCAGGCCCACCACUGACAACAGUGUGACUUCGCCUCCUGCCCUCAAAGUCACAUACAGAUGCGCCAUUCUAAUGAAUGACACAGUAAAAUGCGACGGUGGCCUCUAUAAGUCGCUGCAGGCAUGGAAAGACCACAAAAUGCACAUUGAGCAUGAGAUUGAAACCUUGCAGACAAAGAUAAAGAACCUGCGUGAGGUCAAAGGACACCUGAAACAGGUGCGACCAGAGGAAUGUCAGUGUAACGCUCCCAACUAUCUGCUCAAAACUAAAGAGAACUUUCUGCUGGGUACUGGACGCAUACAUUCGAUGAGAUUGCCAAAGCAGAAGACGCAGUGGCUGCAGAAGGAGCAGAAGCGCAGGAAGAAACUCCGGAAAUUCCUGAAAAGGCUCCAGAACAACGACACUUGCAGCAUGCCGGGCCUCACUUGCUUCACCCAUGACAAUCAUCACUGGCAGACUGCCCCCUUCUGGACAAUGGGGCCGUUCUGUGCCUGCACCAGUGCCAACAACAACACCUACUGGUGCCUGAGGACCAUCAAUGACACACACAACUUCCUCUUCUGUGAGUUUGCCACCGGCUUCCUGGAGUACUUUGACCUCAACACGGACCCUUACCAGCUGAUAAAUGCUGUCAGCACCCUGGACCGCAACGCUUUGAAUUCGAUGCAUCAACAGUUGAUGGAAUUACGGGCUUGCAAGGGACACAAGCUGUGCAACCCCGAGAAGGGAGGCAAAGAGCGAAACUACUUUAGUGAAUACAGGCCGGUUUAUCGUCGAAAGAGGCCAAAAGUGAAGAAACCAUCGUCCAAAUCGCUGGGGCAGAUUUGGGACGGAUGGGUGGGCUAAUCACCCGAUUCCCGUUACCAACCAUGAGAGGCGGUCCUGACACGCUCUGAUGACAUCAUCUGUUUGGGUUUUGAUUUUUUUUUACUGAGCCCCUCACCCGGGCAGGAGGUAUGAAGAUACUGAGAGGAUGCUCAGAAACUCUGUAAUUACCAUUUGUUCGUCAUCACACAUUUCGCUCAAAAUCCGUUGGUGUGAUUCAGGCGGGACAGUAUGUGUAUGCACAAGCCACUCAGUUUCACUGCGUGUAGAUAAGUAUUAGCUUUAAUCAGCGUUCAUCCGAGCCGUCGACUCUGCUGCUACUCAUUCAAGUUACUCGCAUGUAGAACAGAAAUCAUAGCAACAUGAUCCACGGCCGUGAUAGCGCACAUGUUGUCCGUGCCCACACCGACGCUUCUGUACAAUGUCGUGCGAACUUUUGAGUGCACUCAAUCCAAACUAACCGUUGCUUAAUAUGCUUUGUAUCAUAGUUGGAUUUUACUUUAUUAAUGAAUGUCCUCCCCCCCUCAAACAAGCCACUUGUGAGGCAUUAAUGAAAUUUUCUAUCAGUGUUAGCCUCACCACUGUUUGAAAAAGGUCCUAACGAACCCAUCCGUGAUUCCAGCCGUCCAGUUCAAAAUAUUUGUUCAUUGGCAGAAUGUACAUUAUUAAUGCCAUUUCUUUUCUUCUUUACACACAGUAGAUGUCCCAAUCUAGCUUGCUUAUACAUGGUGCUACAGGAUAACCAUACAGAAGUAAACUUGCUGUACAGUACAAGUUUGUAAUUGAAUGUAUGUUGUGCAAUUGAUAUAAAUGUUUACAUUAUUUUUAUAAUACCCAAGAGGCGGACCUCAUUGUGCAAGUUGAAACAAAUGGACUACUAUCAAGGGGAAUGUAUAGAUUGUCCUUUGCUUCUUUACAUGAGAAAAGCACUUAAAAGGAUUCACUGUGAAGACCUAGAACGUUUAUUAUGUGCCACAGGAACAACACACUCAUGUUGGUGUGAAUUAAGCGAUCGGCCUUUUAUGUUUGUUUGUUUUCUUAGUUUCUUUCAUUUUGGUUUCUUAGCAGGGCAUAGACCUGAGUGCUGACAGUAAUUGUGAAUAAAGUGUUGUUUGACCAAAA